CGCUCUUCUCCUUCAAUCUCUCCGGCCCACACAGUUCUUCUCCCCUUUUCCUCAUUCCCUACCGACUACCGAGAGAGAUGCAGCGCCAUGGAUUCCUGUAGUUUUGUACUUCUUCUCCCACCGACGCGAGGCCGCCGUUCUUCUCGCAGACCAACUCCACCGCCGUUCCUCUCGAGCGCCGCGUCCCCACUGCUGCAAACAACCAACGCUGUGCUGCAUUGCUCACAGCUGCUGGAAAAUUUCACGCGGCAGUGCUCCGAGGCUAGCUAGGGGCUGCCGACGGUGCUCCGACGACGCCAGGCGGCCGAUGCUUCUGCGAGCAUUGCUGCAAACCUGGGCUGCCUCUGCUGCAAAGGCAGGCGGCCGGAGAUGCUGCCAUCGGCGAUGGGACACGUGUCGUUCGGAGGACGAAAUAUCCUCCGGAGGAUCCUCCGCACUUCCCAUAAAGAAAGCUGAUCACCCCAUUUAGCAGAGAAUAAGCUUCGUUCUCGAGCCCUAGAGAGACCCAAAAAGAAAACAAGACAUAGAGAGCUUGUCUGCCAAGACGGCACGAAUCGAGCCAACUAGCCAGAAGUUCCACUCAACUGGAGCUAGCAGCAGUCUCCACGAUGCUAGGAAAUUGCUCCUUUGUGUCCUUGCUGCUCGUCGUAAUAAUGCUUGUAUACAUUGUCCACAGGUGGUUAGGGCCCAGGAUCAACAUCUGCAGUGGCCCAUGCUCAUCGGCGACCGUUCCGCUUCCGCCGGGGCCGUUGCCGUGGCCUCUGGUGGGCAAUCUUCCUGAGAUUAUGCUCAACAAGCCGGCGUUCCGUUGGAUCCAUCUCAAGAUGAACGAGAUGGGUACCGACAUCGCCUGCUUCCGCUUGGGCGGUGUCAACGUCGUCCCCAUCACCUGCCCCAAGAUAGCCAGGGAGGUGCUCAAGAAGCAGGACGCGAAUUUCAUGUCCCGGCCGCUCACCUUCGCCUCCGAAGCCGCCAGCUGCGGGUACAAGGACGCUGUGCUCUCGCCGUUCGGGGACCACUGGAAGAAGAUGCGUUGGGUGUUUACCUCCGAGAUCGUUUGCCCUUCCCGCCACAAGUGGCUCCACGACAAGCGCGCCGACGAGGCCAACAACUUCACACGCUACGUCUACAACCUCGCCACCGGCAGCAGCUCCAGGGGGUCGUCGGACGCCAACAACGUCAAUGUCAGGCACGUCACACGUCAUUACUGCGGCAACGUCAUCCGCCGGCUCGUCUUCGGCAGGCGGUACUUCGGAGAACCUCAGCCCAACGGCGGGCCGGGGCCGCUCGAGGUGGAGCACAUGGACGCUUCCUUCACCUCCGUGGGGCUCCUCUUCUCCUUCUGCAUCAGCGACUACCUCCCGUGGCUGCUUGGUCUUGACCUCGACGGCCACGAGAAGGUGGUUAUGGAGUCCAACGCGACGAUGAACAGGCUGCACGACAAGGUCAUUGACGAGCGUUGGAUGCAGUGGAAGGGCGGCGAGCUGAGGCUGGACGAGGUCGAAGAUUUCGUCGACGUUCUCAUCACGCUCAGAGAUGGGGAUGGAAACUCGUUGCUUACAAUCGAGGAGGUCAAAGCAAUCUGCAAGGACAUGGUAUUAGCAGCGAUAGACAAUCCGUCCAACGCCGUGGAGUGGGCGCUGGCAGAGAUGGUGAACAGCCCGGAGUUGCUGGACAUGGCGGUGGAGGAGAUGGACCGGGUGGUCGGUCGGGAGCGGCUGGUGCAGGAGUCCGACAUACCCGAGCUUAACUACCUCAAGGCAUGCAUACGCGAGGCGUUUCGACUGCAUCCCUUCGCUCCCUUCAAUGUGCCGCACGUCGCGAUCGCCGACACCACCGUCGCCGGCUACCGCGUGCCCAAGGGAAGCCACGUCCUCCUUAGCCGGGCUGGCCUGGGCCGGAACCCCACCGUCUGGGACGACCCGCUCCGCUUCAAGCCGGAGCGCCACAUGGGAGACGACGUCGAAGUGGCGCUCACUGAGAACGAGCUGCGGUUCAUCUCCUUCAGCACUGGUCGCCGUGGUUGCAUGGCAGCGUCGCUAGGUACGGCCAUGAGCGUCAUGCUUUUCGGCAGGCUCCUGCAGGGCUUUACAUGGGCCAAACCAGCUGGGUUGCCGGUCAUCCAUCUCAGCGAGUCCAAGCACAACCUCUCCUUGGCAAAGCCAUUGGUACUGCACGCGGAGCCACGCUUGCCAGUGCACCUCUACCAUCAUAGCACUUGAAGCUUGAUCGAUCACCUCUAUCGCCGAGUGGGGUAUGAGUUCCAGCUUUGGAUGUUGCUAGUCAGAGAGCAGAGAGACGUGAGGAGAACUCUUAAGUAAUAUUCUUGUGCAGAGCGGACCUGGGCUGUAAACAAUUAACCGUUGUCUAAUGCAAUCCUGCAUGUUCUUGGAAAAAGAAUACUGAAUAAAAGGGUUGGAUACUUGAA